CCAUUGAUGUGGAAACCGUAUCUCCAGACAGCGCUGUCGCUGCUGGGGAUCACUCGACUCACGCCUUUUGCACCGACGACAACGACAACGACAACAACCACCACAACAGACCACGUGAUCCAGAUCGGAGACGUGACCUGGGAUGACGAUGCCUGGAUCCUAAGCACCCAUUCUCUCACGCCCGGAAACUACAAAUCCCGCAUGACCCUCGCCAAUGGCUACAUAGGCCUCAGCGUAGCAGCCGCCGGACCAUUCUUCGAAGUCGACCGCGACAGCGCCGAUACCUCGGGAUGGCCACUAUUCACCCCACGGCAGGCAUUCGGCACCAUUGCCGGGUUCUACGCCGAUGUCGAGAAGCUCGCUGGCACCAACUACGAGUGGUUGAAUCAGUAUGGGUGGGAGAGUGUGGUUUCUGGGUUGCCGCAUUGGUCGGGGCUGCUUGUUGAAGCGCAUGGCGAGUUGUUGGAUGCGAGGGUCGAUCCGCAGCAUAUUUCGAACUUCUCGACGAGUUUGAAUGUUGAGACGGCCGAGUUGAGGUGGGGGUUUGUUUGGAGACCGGGUGGUGAGCAUGAGGGGAUUGAAGUCGAGUAUCGCAUGCAUGUUAACAAGUUGGUUGUUAAUAGCGCUGCGGUGCAGCUCAAUCUUACUGCGGCGCAGGAUGUGGAUGUCGUUGUGUACGAUGUUUUGGAUGGGAUGGGCGCUGUCAGAACGGAGUUUGUGGAGAAAGGGUUUGAAGAGGAUAGUGUGAUGUGGACAGCUGUCAGUCCGCUUGGCCAGCCCGACGUCACUGCGUAUGUGUAUUCGACGAUUUGGGCCGAGGUCAUCGAUUUGGAAGACAAUGUUAGGCCGGUUACUGAUGAAGAUGUCUUUUGGGGUACUCACGCUGCGUCAAUUGGACAGGCAGCUCCGGUCACCUUGCAUGCUAACCGCACUUUAGUAUUUGGGAAGUACGUUGGUAUAGCUUCUUCAGAUGCAUUUCCGGAUCCGCAAAGUACAGCGCGGGAUGCGUCAAUGUUUGGCGUAUUCGGAUACGAAGAGUGGUUUGAGCAGCACGUUGCGGAAUGGAGGUCGAUUCUUCCAAAGCAUACAGUGGACAGCUACCGCCAUCCCAAUGGAACGCUCCCAACAGAUAGGAACCUCCAAGAGAUGCAUAUAACGUCCGUGACGAAUCCGUUCAUGAUCUUGCAGAAUACGGUUGGCCCGAAUGCUGCGGUUGAUAACACCAAACUCAACAUCCACAGUAUUCCUGUUUGUGGACUUGGCUCCGACUGCUACGGAGGGCUCAUCUUCUGGGAUGCUGGAAUAUGGAUGGCUCUUGGGCUACAGGUGUCACAUCCCGAUAAUAUCCGAUCGGUGGUGAACUACCGCGUGGAAAAGCAUCCGCAGGCCAAGGAGAAUAUCAAAAUGGCGUACACCUCGUCCAAGAACCAGACUGGCAGAUUCACUGGGGGCGCUGUUUACCCGUGGACAAGCGGUCGGCAUGGAAAUUGUACAGGAAUAGGGCCAUGCUUUGACUACGAGUACCACGUAAAUGGCGACAUUGCGAUAUCGUUGCGCAAUGAGUACGCCGUAACAGGCGACGCAGAGAAGUACAGACGCGAUUAUCUUCCCAUCGCAAAUGAUAUUGCCUAUUUCUACGGCGAGAUGCUUGAUUACAACGCUACAUCCGGACACUACGAGAUCUGGAACGCGACCGAUCCCGAUGAAUACGCCAACAACAAAAACAACGUCGGUUUCACAACAGCGCUCAUCCAAAAGCACUUGGAAGAAACCAACGAGAUGAACGUUCGUUUCAACCUCCCCACAAACAAAACCUGGCUAGACAUCGUCACGCAUAUGCAGCCACCUACCAACGAAGACGUAGGCAUAAUCCUCGAAUACGACACAAUGAAUGGCUCCAUAGUCGUAAAACAAGCCGAUGUAGUCCUCACAGACGACAUCCUCCACUACGCCAACCCCUACAGCCUCGGAAACCUAGACUACUACGCCAACAAGCAAUCUUCCGAUGGGCCCGGAAUGACCUACGCAGCCUUCAGCAUCGUCGCCAACGCAGUCUCUCCAUCAGGCUGCUCAAGCUUCACAUACGCCCUCUACUCCCAACAGCCAUACCUCCGCCUCCCUUGGUUCCAGUACUCUGAGCAAAUCGACGAUGACUUCACUACCAACGGCGGCACGCACCCCGCGUUCCCUUUCCUAACAGGCAUGGGCGGAUCCAAUCGCAUCGGUAUAUUCGGAUACCUAGGCCUCCGCCUCUUCAUCGACAGACUCGAAGUCGAGCCCUCGCUCCCCCCGCAAAUCACGUACUUCAAAUACCGCACCUUCUACUGGCAAGGCUACGCCAUAACCGCAUGGUCCAACACCACACACACCUCUCUCCAACGGCUCCCGAACCUCACCCUCCCCACCGCGAACCCCGCCUACGCCACCUCCCCAAUCCCAAUCACGCUACACAGCCGCCGCACAAACUACUCCCUCCCCACCACCUCCCCGCUCGUCCUCCCAAACCGCAUGAUCGGCCAAACUCCAACCGCCCCCCGCAACAUCCUCCAAUGCCACCCCGUCUCCGUAUCCUCUUUCCCUCCUUCCUCUUCCUCGCUCCCACCCCUACUAUCUUCCCAACCCCCUAACAACCACAAAACAUGCACAUCCCCAAUUCUCCCCGGCCAAUUCCCCCUCGCAGCAACCGACGGCGCUUCAUCUACUAAAUACCAACCCUGCAACGCAUCCCUCCUCCACUACCUUACUAUCGAUCUCGGCCCCCACCACACCCCGCACCGCAUCCACUCCAUCCUGCUAGACUGGGCCGCCGUGCCCCCCGCAUACUACGAAGUCCUCUUCUCAAACACCACUCUUCUCCUUCCUCCUCCUACACUUCACUUUUCUUCUAAUCUUGGAGACGGAAGAGAUCGAGGGGGAUUUGGGUCGGGGUUGGGGUUGGGGUUUAGAAAAGCAGCGAGUGGCGUCCCGGAGAUUAGCGAACCGUGGGAUCCUGAGACUGUGUUUGAUAUUGUUAAGGUUAAGGGGAAUCAGACGAAUGUUACGUUUGUGGAUGGGGAUGCGGAGGAGGUGUGGAGUGGGCGGUUUGCGCAUUUGGGGAUUUGGGGACGCUUGGAUGGCGAAAUGGGGAAAGGUGGGGCGAUGGUUGCGGAGUGGAGUGUUGUUAGGUGGGAGGAUUGA